UCUCACGCGGACCGAGAACAUCCAGGCAUGGAGUUCCCCCUCAUCCCUCACCUGUUCUUGCCCCUGAUGUUCCUGACAGGUCUCUGCUCCCCCUUUAACCUGGACGUGCAUCACCCACGCCUAUUUCCAGGGCCACCGGAGGCUGAAUUUGGAUACAGUGUCUUACAACAUGUUGGGGGUGGACGGCGAUGGAUGCUGGUGGGUGCCCCCCGGGAUGGGCCUUCAGGUGACCGAAGGGGGGACGUUUAUCGUUGCCCUGUAGGGGGCUCCCACAAUGCCCCAUGUGCCAAGGGCCACUUGGGUGACUAUCCACUGGGAAAUUCAUCUCGUCCUGCCGUGAAUAUGCACCUGGGGAUGUCUCUACUGGAGACAGAUGGUGAUGGGGGAUUCAUGGCUUGUGCGCCUCUCUGGUCUCGUGCUUGUGGCUCGUCUGUCUUCAGUUCUGGGAUAUGUGCCCGUGUAGAUGCUUCGUUCCAGCCCCAGGGAAGCCUGGCACCCACUGCACAACGCUGCCCCACAUACAUGGAUGUCGUCAUCGUCUUGGAUGGCUCCAAUAGCAUCUACCCCUGGUCUGAAGUUCAGACCUUCCUACGAAGACUGGUGGGGAGAUUGUUUAUUGACCCAGAGCAGAUACAGGUGGGACUGGUACAGUAUGGGGAGAGCUCUGUACAUGAGUGGUCCCUGGGAGAUUUCCAAACCAAGGAAGAAGUGGUGAGAGCAGCAAGGAACCUGAGCCGGCGGGAGGGACGAGAAACAAAGACUGCUCAAGCAAUCAUGAUGGCCUGCACAGAAGGAUUCAGUCAGUCCCAUGGGGGCCGACCAGAGGCUGCCAGGCUACUGGUGGUUGUCACUGAUGGAGAGUCACACGAUGGAGAGGAGCUUCCUGCGGCACUAAAGGCCUGUGAGGCUGGAAGAGUGACACGCUAUGGGAUUGCGGUCCUUGGUCACUACCUCCGGCGGCAGCGAGACCCCAGCUCUUUCUUGCGGGAAAUCAGAGAUAUUGCCAGUGAUCCAGAUGAGAAAUUCUUCUUCAAUGUCACAGAUGAAGCGGCACUGACUGACAUUGUGGAUGCAUUAGGAGACCGGAUUUUUGGCCUUGAGGGGUCCCAUGGAGAAAAUGAAAGCUCCUUUGGGCUGGAAAUGUCUCAGAUUGGUUUCUCUACUCAUCGGCUAAAGGAUGGGAUUCUCUUUGGGAUGGUGGGGGCUUAUGACUGGGGGGGCUCAGUGCUAUGGCUUGAAGACGGUCACCGCCUCUUCCCGCCACGGACGGCCCUGGAAGAUGAGUUCCCCCCUACACUGCAGAACCAUGCAGCCUACCUGGGUUACUCGGUUUCCUCCAUGCUUUUGCGGGGUGGACGCCGCCUCUUUCUCUCAGGGGCUCCUCGGUUUAGACAUCGAGGAAAGGUCAUCGCCUUCCAGCUUAAGAAAGAUGGGACUGUGAGGGUCGCCCAGAGCCUCCAGGGGGAGCAGAUUGGCUCGUACUUUGGCAGUGAGCUCUGCCCAUUGGAUACGGAUGGGGAUGGAACAACUGACGUCUUGUUCGUGGCUGCCCCCAUGUUCCUGGGGCCCCAGAACAAGGAGACAGGACGUGUUUAUGUGUAUCUGGUGGGCCAGCAGUCCUUGCUGACAUUCCGGGGAACACUUCAGCCAGAACCUCCCCAGGAUGCUCGGUUUGGCUUUGCCAUGGGUGCCCUUCCUGAUCUGAACCAGGAUGGUUUUGCUGAUGUGGCUGUGGGGGCACCCCUGGAGGAUGGGCACCGUGGAGCACUGUACCUCUACCAUGGGACCCAGAGUGGAGUCAGACCCCGUCCGGCCCAGCGGAUUGCUGCUGUCUCCAUGCCGCAGGCCCUCAGCUACUUUGGCCGAAGUGUGGAUGGUCGGUUAGAUCUGGACGGAGAUGACCUGGUAGAUGUGGCUGUAGGUGCCCAAGGGGCAGCCAUCCUGCUCAGCUCCCAGCCCAUUGUCCACCUGGCCCCUUCACUGGAGGUGACCCCACAGGCCAUCAGUGUGGUUCGGAGGGACUGCAGACGGCGUGGCCAGGAGGCAGGCUGCCUAUCCGCAGCCCUUUGCUUCCAAGUGACCUCCCGCACGCCUGGCCGCUGGGAUCGCCGAUUCCAUGUGCGGUUCACAGCAUCGCUGGAUGAGUGGACAGCUGGGGCACGUGCAGCGUUCGACGGCUCUGGCCAGAGGCUGUCCCCUCGAAGGCUCCAGCUCAGUGUGGGGAAUGUCACUUGUGAGCAGCUGCACUUCCAUGUGCUGGAUACAUCAGAUUAUCUCCGGCCAGUGGCCUUGACUGUGACCUUUGCUUUGGACAACACCACAAAGCCAGGGCCUGUGCUGGCUGAGGGCUCACCCACCUCCAUACGAAAGCUGGUCCCCUUCUCAAAGGACUGUGGCCCUGACAAUGAAUGUGUCACAGAUCUGGUACUUCGAGCUAAUAUGGACAUCAGAGGUUCCAGGAAGGACCCAUUCAUGGUUCGAGGUGGUCGGCGGAAAGUGCUGGUGUCUGCAACUCUGGAGAACAGAAAGGAAAAUGCCUACAACACUAGCCUGAGUCUCAGCUUCUCCAGAAACCUUCACCUGUCCAGUUUUACUCCUCAGAGGGACAGCCCAGUGAAGGUGGAGUGCACAGCCCCUUCCCCUCAUGCCCAGCUCUGCAGCGUGGGGCAUCCUGUCUUCCAGACUGGAGCCAAGGUGACCUUUCUGCUAGAGUUUGAGUUUAGCUGCUCCUUCCUCCUGAGCCAGGUCCUUGUGAGGCUGACUGCCACCAGUAACAGCCUGGAGAGAAAUGGAACGCUUCAUGAUAACACAGCCCAGACCUCAGCCUAUGUCCAGUAUGAGCCUCACCUCCUAUUCUCUAGUGCGUCCACUCUGCACCGCUAUGAGGUUCACCCAUAUGGGACCCUCCCAGUGGGCCCUGGCCCUGAAUUUAAAACCACUCUUAGGGUUCAGAACCUUGGCUGCUAUGUGGUCAGUGGCCUCAUCAUCUCAGCCCUCCUUCCAGCUGUGGCCCAUGGGGGCAAUUACUUCCUGUCACUGUCUCAAGUCAUCACUAACAAUGCAAGCUGCACAGUGCAGAACCUGACUGCGCCCCCAGGGCCCCCUGUGCACCCAGAGGAACUUCAGCACACAAGCUGGCUGAAUGGGAGCAAUACCCGGUGUCAGGUCGUGAGGUGCCACCUUGGGCAACUGGCAAAGGGGACUGAGGUCUCUGUUGGACUAUUACGGCUGGUUCACAAUGAAUUUUUCCGGAGGGCCAAAUUCAAGUCUCUGACAGUGGUCAGCGUCUUCGAGCUGGGAACCGAGGAGGGCAGUGUCCUACAGCUGACUGAAGCCUCUCGUUGGAGUGAGAGCCUCCUGGAGGUGAUUCAGUCUCGCCCUGUCCUCAUCUCCCUGUGGAUCCUCAUUGGCAGUGUCCUGGGAGGGCUGCUCCUGCUUGCUCUCCUUGUUUUCUGCCUUUGGAAGCUUGGCUUCUUUGCCCGUAAGAAAAUCCCUGAGGAAGAAAACAGAGACGAGAAACUGGAGCAAUGAAUGUAGAAUAAAGCCCUAGAACAUCCUCCCUGGCAGCUUCUCCAAAAACUUGCAUAAGAGCAGAGGUUUCGGGGGCUCAAAUGGGACAAGAAGAAAGCUUUGGACUAUCUCCCCAGACCUGCAGCCUGACUUGACUUUUGAGUCAUGAGGAUGCUGCUGGCAAGAGAUGAGGCCUUACCUCAGACAAGAAGGGCUGGCCCUAAAUCCAGGAACACUCCCACCCUGUGCUUCCCUCCUCAUGGUCCUGGUUCCAGAGCCAACACUGGGGCCUUAGUGUAGGGCCCUUUUUUCCCUAUCCCCAAGAAUCAAGAAAUUUUUGCCUAGGUCCCUGACUUCUUUCAGAUUCCCUCUACAUCCUCCCUCACAAUUUGGAAAGGACAAGGGUUAUCUUCCUCCAUUUCCCGCCUCUCACCUUCCUGCCUUCUCCCCAUCCUGCAGGAGAGAGCUGACGUUGGCUUGAACGAAGUAAAGUCAACAUCUGCUGCUUUCCUGUGGAGUCUGGUGAUUCAGAGGGCCGGAUGGGGAGAGUCAACAGGAAAAAAGGAGGGAGGAGGAAAAGCCACAAGAGACAUUCUGUACAAUUCCAAGGAACAGAGAAGCCUUUAGACAGGCAACUGCCAUCCCCCUGAAACCUGAGACUUUCGUGGUGCACUCGCCCGCCCUCAGGUAGUGGUGAAACAGAGCUUCCCCAGGCCUGCUGGGCAAGGGUUUCCCAACUCUGCAGCCUUCCCUGGGAGCAAAGCCAGCGCUGAGUGCCGGAUUCUCUGGAGCCCGGGGCCCCCAUGUGGCUAGAACUGGAAUAACAGAGAAGACUGGAUACCCCAGGCAGUUUUCUCCUCUCUCAGGCCUCACACACUCCUGAGCCCUUCUUGCAGCCUUCUUAUAGAAACUAGAGAGAAGGGAGAGGAUUUCUUGAUGGUGGGAAACCUUUCACCUUACUAGAUUUGGGAAGCAGCAGCCCCACGGGCUCUGAACAAGUGGGGUCUGUAUUAAGGAAGAAGCUGAAGUAGGUGGCAGGAGGUCUCUGGGAAGCAAGCCCUUACUUACUCGGCACUGGUUAUGUAGCACAAAUAGCUCCUAGGAAAUGUUUCUGGGGCAUCUCCAGUCAUACCUUAUAGGGUUUCUCUGGUAGAAUCAGUUUGCCAGCCUUUGCUUGAUGUUUACUGGAAAUUUACAAGUUAAUUUCUAUCUCUGGACCACCCCAUCCCAUGACUCCCAUUUUUUGGUCAUGGCCAGUAAAGAGAAUUGGAUUCUCAUUGACAACUGGGUAACUUGUACUUCUUUGUAAUCAAGACUUUGGAUACCAAAGCCAGUUAUUGGUCUCCAGAGGGCAGGUCUGACAGCUAUUUGAAGAAUCAGCACCCAUUUAGAGUGGAGAAGAGAGGGAACCUGACUGGGCAGUUGACUAGCAGCCACAGAUUCUGUCCUCCAGGGCUGUUCUUAAGAUCUGGCCACAGUAUUUAUUUUGGCAUGUCUCUGGCCUUUUGCAGACAGCAUUGUCUCUGUUUCCUAGCAGGGUGGACAGUAUAUCAGAUGGUCAGAACAAAUAAAGUUCAGUGUCAAAUGACCUCUGGCUCAAUUUGAGUUCCCUGGGAUAUAGACUGCCCACAAAUGGUGAGAGGUGGAGUCUUGAUUCACUUGAGACCUUAUGCCACUGAGUCCCUGGAAGGCAAGGUUUGAAAUGUUUCUGUGACUCUCCCACUGGAGGUGUACUCUAGCCUCCUGUAAUCCUUACCUACUUAAGUGAGCACAGAGUAUAAAAUGUGUAGAUUUAGUAAGCACAUAGGCCUAGAUUGAAAUCCCAGGUCUGCCAUUUAUGAGCUAUGUGGCCUUGGGCAAGUCAUAACUACCCCAAGGUUCAGAUGCUCAGAUGAAAGGCUUCAUAGAACAGUGGUUAAGAAUGAAGACAGACUUGGGUUUAAAUCUAAGCUAUACCACUUAAAUCCUGCUUGACCUUGAACAGAUUUAACUGCUCUAAGUCCUGACUUUCUUGACUUUAAACUUAUCAGGGUUGUGAGGACUAAAUGAGAUAAUUCAAGUAAAGUGAACAUAUAGUAAGUACUUAAUAAAUGGUAACUGUUAUAAAAAUAUUUUGUUAUAAAAUAAUCUACCCUACUUACUGUGUGUUGUGAGGAUUAAGUGAAAAGGUAUAUUGAAGCACCAGGUGGUUCUCCUGAUCUGGUGACCCACCUAUUCUUCACAGACCCUGAGGAUUUGUUUCUUCUAUGUAUUACUGUCUCCUCCCACUAAAUCUUAUCCUGUGCCUCAUCCCCUUUGA